CUUCACAGAGAUAUUAAAACUUCUAACUUAUUACUUAGUAACAAAGGUGUUCUUAAGGUUGGGGAUUUUGGUUUAGCACGUGAAUAUGGUUCACCAUUAAAAUAUUACACUCCAGUUGUUGUAACACUCUGGUAUCGAGCACCAGAACUAUUGCUUGGAGCAAAGGAAUAUUGGACGCCCAUUGAUAUUUGGUCAGUAGGCUGUGUCUUUGCUGAACUGUUGACAAUGAAGCCAUUAUUUAAUGGUCAGACUGAGAUCAGUCAAAUUAACAAAAUCUUUAAAGAAUUGGGAACACCCAGUGACGAGAAAUGGCCAGGUCCACCAGCAUAUUCCGAGCAUCCAGUUUUAAAGAAAAUUACUUUUUCUGAAUAUCCUUACAAUAAUCUUCGUAACAAGUUUGGAGCAACACUCACAGAUAAUGGCUUUGAUUUAUUGAACAGUUUUCUGACAUAUGAUCCUCAGAGAAGCGGCUGA